CCUGUUUUUCUCUUUAUAUGGGCUGUGGGUUAUGGUAGCGAUCGAGUGUGUGCGCAAGCCUUAAAUAUACAUAAUAUAUUCUGUUCAUCAUUUUUUAAAUUUGACUGGUUGAAAUAAAUUGCGGUGUCAAUGACUGAGACAAGUCCUUGGCGACGCAUUGUUAAAUAAGGAAUGAGGUCCAGACUUGACAUUCUUGAAUAACUGGAUAUAUAGAGUGGGCAGCGGUCCUGUUCGGCAGUCCGCUUAGAUAACCAUUGGUGAAGAACAUUGUCAACUAUGGUGAAAAAUAGUUCGCCAGUUGUAACUCUUGCGAUUGCUAUAUUAUGUUAUUUGAACGAAGUACACACGUACAACGAUAACACGCAAAUAUAUAAAAAUGUAUACAACAAUAAUGGAUUAGGUGGUUACAGUUUUGAGUUUGAAACUUCUGAUGGUACCUAUAGAUGGGAAGAAGGUGGUCGCAGUCCAGACAAUGAUGGACUGGUCGUGAGGGGAGAGUUCGGGUACAUAGAUCCAAGAGGCAAGCGCUACUCGGUGCGAUAUAUCGCCGACGCCAAUGGCUAUCAACUGCAGCCCGACGAUGGUGAUACACGAUUUAAUGAUAGACGUAUAGUAUAAUUUUAAAUAAAAUAGUUAUCAAAAUAUCGUUUAG